AUGCUUAGAGGGUUGGGAGCUAGACUAAUUAGGAGACAGUAUGCUACAGCUGCUGAACAGGCUGCAAAACAGUUUGUGGUGAGGCCAAAGCAGACACCAAGGAGAUGGGUGCCCUGGACCAUCUUUGGAGUAAGCUUUCUAACAGGAUGGAUGGUUACAGAACAUAUGACGUUUACGGAUCUUAUGGCUUACUGGCGUUACGAUUCGCUGCCCCAGACAUCAGAGGAAGUCAAGAAGUACAAGCUGGAACUGUACAACCGUAGUGAGCAACUCCCUGUGGUCAAACAGUUACAGCAAGCUGGAUACAUGGAAGUGUUUCCGGAUAGAUCUAAGGAAGUGCUGUUGAUUGAUAGGGCCCUCAGUACCCCUGGAGGAGUUGCAAUACCACCAAGAUUCUUCUACAACCCUUUCACUAAAGAGACUGUGGGGGUUUACCACCUUGGAAUGAAAUUGACUGGUUACCCAUUUAUCGUUCAUGGCGGGAUCCUAGCGACAGUAAUGGAGGACCUCAUGAGAGAAAGCGUGAAGUUCAUCAGGUCGAAAGAGGGUGAGAUGACCAAGGAUUUGUCGAUAUCGUACAAGUUCCCAACUUUUGCAAACCAGUUCGUCGUUAUUAGGACUACUAAAGUUGAAGAGUUCGGUAAGAACAUAAAGUUGAACGUCGAAGUAACAGACCAAAGUGGUAACAGACAGCUUGUCAAUGGUCGUGGCACCUUUAUCGCUUAA